AUGCGGCUCCUGUCUCUGGCCACAGAUAGGCCCCGGCGGGGCGGCCCCCGCCACCUGCCCUCCGGCAGCCCCGCGCCGCCGCCGCUGCUGCUGCUGCUGCUGGGUGUUUGCCUGGGGGCCUCCGGGGCGGCGAAGGGCUCUCGGAGGCCCAAUGUGGUGCUGCUGCUCGCUGAUGACCAGGACGAAGUGCUCGGCGGCAUGACACCACUGAAGAAAACCAAGGCUCUCAUUGGAGAAAUGGGAAUGACUUUCUCUAGUGCUUAUGUGCCAAGUGCUCUCUGCUGCCCGAGCCGAGCCAGCAUCCUGACAGGGAAGUACCCACACAAUCAUCACGUGGUUAACAACACUCUGGAGGGGAACUGCAGCAGCAAGUCUUGGCAGAAGAUCCAAGAGCCGAAUACUUUCCCAGCAAUUCUCAGAUCCAUGUGUGGUUAUCAGACCUUUUUUGCAGGGAAAUACUUAAAUGAGUAUGGAGCCCCAGAUGCAGGUGGACUUGGACACGUUCCUCUGGGCUGGAGUUACUGGUACGCAUUGGAAAAGAAUUCUAAAUAUUAUAAUUACACCCUCUCUAUCAAUGGGAAGGCGCGGAAGCACGGUGAAAACUACAGUGUGGACUAUCUAACAGAUGUCUUGGCCAAUGUCUCCUUGGACUUCCUGGACUACAAGUCCAACUCUGAGCCAUUCUUCAUGAUGAUCUCCACCCCAGCGCCUCAUUCGCCAUGGACGGCUGCUCCUCAGUACCAAAAUGCCUUCCAGAACGUCUUUGCACCAAGAAACAAGAACUUCAACAUCCAUGGAACGAACAAGCACUGGUUAAUUCGGCAAGCCAAGACCCCAAUGACUAAUUCUUCAAUACAGUUUUUAGAUAAUGCAUUUAGGAAAAGGUGGCAGACUCUGCUCUCAGUGGAUGACCUCGUGGAGAAGCUGGUCAAGCGAUUGGAGUUCAAUGGGGAACUCAGCAACACCUACAUCUUUUAUACCUCAGACAACGGCUAUCACACCGGACAGUUUUCUUUGCCAAUAGACAAAAGACAGCUGUAUGAAUUUGAUAUCAAAGUUCCACUGUUGGUUCGAGGGCCUGGGAUCAAACCAAAUCAGACAAGCAAGAUGCUUGUUGCCAACAUUGACUUGGGCCCUACUAUUUUGGACAUUGCGGGCUAUAGCCUGAAUAAGACCCAGAUGGAUGGGAUGUCUUUUUUGCCCAUUUUGAAAGGGACCAGUAAUCUGACUUGGCGAUCAGACGUCCUGGUGGAGUAUCAGGGAGAAGGCCGCAAUGUCACUGACCCCACGUGUCCUUCCCUGAGUCCUGGCGUGUCUCAAUGUUUCCCUGACUGUGUGUGUGAAGAUGCGUAUAACAACACCUACGCCUGCGUGCGGACCAUGUCAGAACUGUGGAACCUACAGUACUGCGAGUUUGAUGACCAGGAGGUGUUCGUAGAAGUCUACAACCUGACUGCAGACCCACACCAAAUCAAUAACAUUGCUAAAAGCAUAGACCCAGAGCUUCUGGGGAAGAUGAACUAUCGACUGAUGAUGCUGCAGUCCUGUUCUGGACCAACCUGCCGCACUCCAGGGGUCUUUGACCCCGGGUACAGGUUUGACCCUCGUCUCAUGUUCAGCAGUCAUGGCAGCAUCAGGACUCGAAGGUUUUAA